UUUUCUUUCGCGGCACACCACAGUUGGAUUCACAAGUGGAAAACAUUUCGUGCCUUUGGUCGCUUCGGUCCGACGCGCGUUAUUUUCGUUGCAUUUUUUGAAGAGACAUAGAUGUACAUAUAUUCGCAGCCAAUGAGAAAAAGACGAUUUAAAAGAGCGAAAUUAAAAUUCAAAUGAGAACUCAACACAACACACACACUCAAACACAUUCGCGACGGCAAAAUCUAACUUAUUUUAAUUGUUGACGCCGCUCUCGAAUACAGGCCUAAGCAAAACGAGACGAGAAGCGAAAAAAGAAAAAGGAAAUUAAAUGACAUUAAAAAAUGUUUAACAGCACGAAUUAGGCUGCAAGUGAAUUUUAAACUUGUGAGAUAAAAGUGAACUUUAUUAGCGUUAAGGUGAAGGUUGGGAAAUAUCAAAAGUGAUAAUACAAACUCCUCACACACACACACACCGUUGAAACCAUGUCCAGCUGGAGCUUGGCCAGUGCCGUCUCCCCGAAUGUAACAGGUUCUGACGUCAUCCGGCUAAGCAGCCUCAACUCUCGCUCAGACUCAAACCUGACAGCACCACCCCGUCCAACGACCCCUGUGCCCGCCAAGAAGUUGGCCUCCAAGCGCCCGCCACAUCUGACGCUGCACAUCAGACCCACAGCUGAUGCGCCGCUAGCCGAGACCGAGAACAGUGCUCUGUCGGACGGGGGCCCAUCCCUCUAUGGCACGCCUCUGGGGGCGACGCCUGCUGCCUCAAUUUCGGCUGCAUCUCCCGCCAGCAGCACCAGCCAUCGCAGCAGCAGCACGAGUGGGUCCAUAUUCCCUCACGAACAAUAUAAAGCCAUCAAGAAGAUCAAUAUCGGCUUUGAGAACAUUCGCUACACCACCAAGUUUGGGGUCUUCAACAGGGAAACUAAAGACGUCCUCUUGGGUCCGACGGGUUACUUUAAGUCUGGCGAGCUGAGUGCAAUCAUAGGACCCUCUGGAGCUGGCAAGAGCACACUGCUUAACAUACUCUCAGGAUACACAACAUUUGGUUACACGGGAGACUUUCGCGUCAACGGCAAUCGACGGGACCUGAAGGCGUUCAAACCAAAUGUGGCGUUCAUCAGGCAGGACACGAGUCUGCAGGCCUUCCUUAGUGUCAAGGAGGCCAUGCACUUUGCGGCAAACCUGAAGAUUGGCACACACAUGACGCUAUGCGAGAAGCGAGAGCGGGUGAAGAGCAUUCUGGAAGCCAUCGGGAUGUAUGCGAACCGCAAUACGAGGACAGGCCAGCUAAGCGGGGGACAAAAGAAGCGUCUGGCCAUUGCUCUAGAGCUAGUGAACAAUCCCCCCGUGCUAAUACUAGAUGAACCAACCACCGGCUUGGACAGCUUUACCUCCAAUCAGCUGAUUACCCUGCUGAAGAAACUAGCCAUCGAAGGACGCACUGUCAUCUGCACCAUUCACCAGCCGACGGCCCUGACGUUUGCCAUGUUCGACUAUCUGUAUGGCAUUGCCGAGGGCCACUGCAUCUACGCGGGCGGCUCACAGAACCUCCUUCCCUUCCUGGGGGCCCUCAAUCUGCAUUGCCCGGAAUAUUACAAUCCAGCGGACUACUUAAUGGAGAUAGCAACGCAUGAUUAUGAUACGGAAGAUGACAAGCAGGUGGACAAGCUUGUGGCCCUAAUAGACAAUGGCCGAAAUGAGGAUUACAGACAGAACAAAACCGCACGGGUCGCUCAAUUGACGGCCAUGAAAAAAGUUGACCAACUGAUGGCAGCUGGAUUGAUCACACCCGUCACAGCUCCUGUAAUGGUUACAUCUGGUCUUCCCGCACACUACCACCAGUCGAACAACUUUAAGCCCUUGACGCCUAUAAAGGAGCUCUCCUCCCGUGUCUGGGACAGCCAAACGCCGGGCAUUGGAAGCAAGUCGGGCGGCAGUUGCUGCAAGCCAAAGAAAAAUAAGAAGACGAAGCCAGCCCUAGAGCUGGAUCCAAGCCAUCUAUGCAAUCGUGAUAAUAUCUAUGCCACGCCCUUCUAUCGACAGCUCAGCAUUCUGCUGCUCAGAGCCUUCCUACUCAUUUGGCGGGACAGUUCGCUAACCACGAUGCGAUUUGCCAUACAUCUUAUCACUGGCCUGAUGAUAGGAGCUUUGUAUUUCGGAAUCGGCAAUGAUGCCGCCAACACGCUGAACAUCUUUCGCUACGUUUUCUACACGAUCAUGUUUAUCAUGUACUGUGCCUUCUCCGGGAUACUAGUUAAAUUUCCUUUGGAGUUCCCGAUUGUGUCCCGGGAACAUUUUAACCGCUGGUACUCCCUGCGAGCCUACUACGUGGCCAUUACUGUGGCAGAUCUCCCAAUACAGAUCAUAUGCAGUGCACUGUUCAUAGUGCCCACGUAUCUGAUGACCCAUCAGCCUAUGGAGUUGUGGAGGUUCGGUCUGUUCUUUCUCAUCGUGUUCCUCACAGCUCUGGUGGCCCAAAGCAUUGGACUGGCGGUGGGCGCGGCGUUGAGCCUAAAAAUGGGCUCUAUUCUGGGACCCUUCUUCAUUUGCCCCUUUCUUCAGUUCAGCGGAUUCUUUUUGAUGGAGAAGGAUGCUCCCAUCUACAUGCGCUGGAUGUUCGACAUAUCGUUUCUUAAAUACAGUCUGGAUGGAGCUAUGAUGGCCAUUUUUGGGUACGGUCGAGAGCGCCUCGACUGCCAGGAGAUGUACUGCCACAUGACGCGUCCCAAAUAUAUACUCAAGAACUUGGACAUGGCCGAGGCCAACUAUGAGUUAGCCAUCUUUUUUCUCCUCUGCCUGUUUGUCUUCCUCCGCAUCAUUGCCUUCUACAUUAUGUCGUUUCGACUCAGACUGUUCAGAUGAGGAGGUUGGCGGCGAUGAGACGCUUACAGAAGAGGAAGGAAACCUCCUGCCACAUUCCGGAUGACAGAUUGAAGCUGGAUUUAAAUUUAUGGUUUCUUUUAAAGCAUUUAUUUGAAAGGAACUUUUGUGCCAAAGAUUGAAGAAGUCUAGAGUAGAUCAUAAGGAAAUCGUGAUACAUAACUGAAAAGAAUACCCCACCCCCUCCCCCAUACAAACAUAAAAUGAUACAUUACAGAGAUCAAUGCUGUAUAUACGUAUAACAUUUUUAUAACAUACAUAGUGUACACACAAUUGUAUUUUUGUAUUGUAUUAAUGAACGAUUUAUUGACUAGUUUUAAAGCGAGUCUGAUUUUCAGUCCUUAUUAAAAUACUUUCUGAAGAGGGUAAACAAUUUUGAUUUUAAAACUGCUGUUGUUUGAACUGGUUAAGUCAUCACAUUUUAACGUAAUGGUUUUACAAUCUUCUAAAAAUAAUUUUCAGUUUUUGUUUAUUUUAAUAUUUAAUUUUGAUACUUCAAAACGCAAUUUUUUUUAACGGAAUGUCUUAUUUAUCCAAAGAAAAUGAAUAGCUUCUUUU